AUGUCCAAGAAAAUGAAGAUUUCUUCUAUAUUCAAGAAAAGAGAAAUAGGGGCAACUAAUUGGCAAUGGCCAUCUUGUGCACAUUCCAAGACUCUAUCUUUUAGAGCAGAUGACAAUAUUUUCAAGACUAUUAAUUCAGUCUUUUUUGACCCUUUAGAUGGUAUUGAAACCUCAGAAUCUUGGUUCACAAAUUCCUCAUCAGAAUCAGCUAGCAUUUCAACAGAAUCCAAUGAAGAAUACUUAGGAAAAGAUCAACCAUUGGAAAUGAUCAUAAAAGGGGUUAGAUCAGAAAGACUAUUUUUUGAGCCAGGUAAUACAAGUUCAAUAUUUCAAGAAUCAAAACCAUGUAAAAAUCAAGAACAAGAAGAUGAAGAAGAAAAUAAAGAAGAUGAUUUGCCAUUUAAAGAGAGUAUAGUUUUGGCUAUGGAAUCAGAAGAUCCUUAUUUGGAUUUCAAGAAGUCAAUGAAGGAAAUGGUGGAAAGUCAAGGGAUUAAAGAUUGGGAAGAUUUACAAGAGUUAUUAGCAUGGUAUUUGAAGAUGAAUGGGAAAAUAAAUCAUGGAUUUAUUUUAAGUGCUUUUGUGGAUUUGCUUAUUGAGCUUGCUGCUCCUAUUGAUCCUAGUAAUUCUGAUAAUUCUGUUACUUCUUAUUCUUCUGUUGCUUCUUCUUCUUUCUCUUGUCCUUCUUCUCCUUUGUCUUCUUUAGGUCAUAAGGAGAUUGAGGAGCAAGGAAAUGGAGAAGUCCCCUAG